CCGGAAAAGCAGCCUGCCAAUGUAGACGCUCCUUUUCCGGAAAAACUGAAAACGGAAUAGUAUUCUGUUUUAAGCAGUUCUGGAAAUUCAUGCCAGUGUAGACACAGCCCUCGUGAAUUCAGGUCCUGUCCCCUAGCACGGUACAUUCAGAAACUGACAGGACAUGCCUAUUUAAUGGCUUCGUUGCCACGUGAAUGGCUCCUCCACAGGCUCCAUGGGCUGCUAAUAGCCCUGGCCGGUCGUUGUUAACUAGAGGCUAUCUCCAGGAAGCAGAGUCACAGAAGAGGCGGGGGGUUGGACAUUAAGACCCAGUGGUGCCCCAAAUUUUUGGGUGCCCUGCGCAGCUGCGUAUUCUGGCAGUGUCCCUUCUCCCCGCCAUCAACUAGUGACAGGAUGGCCAACCUGUUACAGGCAAAGAGCCAAAAUAGUUGUGCAUAUUGCACAAAGGGGGCGGGAGGGGGAGUUGUCCAGAAAAAAAAAAGGACACUGCCCCUUUAAAAAAAACUCAGGUUGGCUUUUUGGCCACCUAAAGCUUUUGUUGGCCAGCGCCAUUUUGCUUCGCCGUGACAGACAGCUCCCGGCACCGGUGAGCUCAGGGGAUAGGGGGCCAUUUCUAGGGGCGCAGAGGCAGCUUCGCGAGCCACAGGGGAGGUUUAGCGAGCCACACUUUAAGCGGGGGAAGAGCUGCAGGCGGUUCGCGAGCUGCGAGUUGGCCACAGCUGAACUAGUGCUUCCCCAUCUCCUAGCCAGGGCUGCUGUCAGCGUCUGUGGCAUAAUGUGGCAUAAAGCGCUGACCAAGUGGGUCUUUGCCCACGAAAGCUUACGCUCCUACACUUCAGUUAGUCUAUAAGGUGCCACAGGACUCCUCGCCGCUGUGGCAUAAUGGUGCAGCGUCACCCAGUGACACAUCAGUGUGGCAUUGAUGCAUAGCCAUAAUGGUACAGUGCCACAGUGACACAUCAGCAUAGCAUUGGUGCGUGUUCGUAACAGUACAGUGCCAUACAGUGUCACAUUAGUGUGACAGUGGUGCCUGGCUUUAAUGGUCCAGUGCCACAGAGUGACAGGUCAGUGUGACAUUGGUGCAUGACUGUAACGAUGCGGCUCCACACGGUGACACAUCAGCAUGACAGUUGUGCCUCGUUUUAAUAUGCGGUGCCACACAAUGACACAUCUGUGUGACAUUGACAUGUGGCUGUAACAGUACAGUGCCACACAGUGACAUCUCAGUGUGACAGUGGUGCCUGGCUCUUACAGUACAGUGAUACACAGUGAAACAUCAGCAUGACAUUGAUAUAUGGCACUAACAGUACAGCACCACAUGGUGACACGCUAGCGUGGCAGUGAUGCAUUGGCAUGUCGUCGUAACAGUACAGUGCCACAUAUAGUGCAUGUCAGCAUGACAACAGCACAUUGGUGCCUGGCCAUAAUGGUACAGCACCACAUGGUGACAUGUCAGCAAGUUGUUAAUGAUGCAUUGGCACCUGGCUGUAGUGUUCUGUUGCCAUGUGAUGACACAUCCACAUGGCAUUAGUGAAGCACUGGCAUAAGAACACAACAUAAGGAUGUAAGAGUGGCUAUUCAGGGUCACUUAGCAAUGGUCCAACUAGCCCUGCACCCUGCCUUUCAACUGUGGCCAAUGUCAGAUGCAUCCAAGGGAAAGAACAGAAACAAAGCCAUUAUCAAUGAUCCAUCGCCUCUCGCCAAUCCCAGAUUCUGACAGUGGCUUAGGGACACCGAGAGCAUGGGGUUGCAUCUCUGAUUGUCUUGGCUUAUGGCUAUUGACGGACCUAUCCUCCAUGAACUUAUUCUUUUUUGAAUUCAGCUAUACUUUUGGCCUUCACAACAUCCCCUGGCAACAAGUUUAACAGUUACUGAUCCACAAGAGGACCCUCCUUCUUAUCCCAUGACUGAUUGCUUUACUUAAAAGCUUUUCUGUCAAAGGCUUUCUGAAAGUCCAAGGACACUAUAUCCAUUGGAUCACCGAUGUCCACAUGACUGUUGACACCCUCAGAGAAUUCUAAAAGAUUGAUGAGAGACCAGGUUCUUCGGGUGAAGGCAAGCAGCGAAGAAGAGAUUAACAAACUACAACAGUUGGAAACACUGGAACAUCUUCAGCUUGAUUUCUGGCUACACCCCUCAAACCCAGCCCUUCCUGUGGAUAUUCGAGUCCCCUUUGCCAGUCUCCAAGCAGUCAAAGUCUUCCUGGAGUCCCACCACAUUGAGUACUCUAUCCUUCUUGAAGACCUGCAGAUGGCAAUAGAUGAAGAAAAGCAAGAGAUGGUUAGCAAUCAACAAAGGGAACGUGGCACCAAUAAUUUCAACUAUGGAACUUAUCACACCUUGGAAAGUAUUUAUUCAGCAUUGGAUGAUCUUGCAGCUGAAUACCCCAACCUCGUGAGCAAACAAAAGAUUGGAGACUCUUAUGAAAAGCGGCCCAUGUACAUUCUCAAGUUCAGCACUGGGGGAACCAACCGUCCUGCUAUUUGGAUUGAUGCUGGUAUCCACUCCCGAGAAUGGGUCACCCAGGCUACUGCACUGUGGACAGCUAAAAAGAUUGCAGCUGAGUAUGGGAACAAUCCGUCUGUCACCUCCCUGUUAAACAAAAUGGACAUUUUCCUCCUGCUUGUCACAAACCCUGAUGGAUAUGCAUUCACGCAUACCAACAAUCGUAUGUGGCGGAAGACCCGUUCUAAGAAUUCUGGGAGCUCAUGCAUUGGAGUUGAUCCAAAUAGGAACUGGGAUGCAGGCUUUGGAGGCCCUGGAGCCAGUAACAACCCCUGCUCUGAUUCCUACCAUGGACCCAGUGCCAACUCAGAAGUGGAAGUAAAAAACGUUGUAAACUUUAUCAAGAACCAUGGCAACAUCAAGGCCUUCCUCACCCUUCACAGCUACUCUCAGCUUCUGAUGUUCCCCUUUGGGUAUAAGUGCACCAAUCCAGCUGACUACAAUGAGCUGAAUGCGGUGGGGAAAGCUGCUGCCAGUGCUCUGAAGUCACUGUAUGGCACAACAUAUAAAGUGGGGACCAUUUGCUCAACUAUCUACCAAGCCAGCGGAGGCAGCAUUGACUGGUCCUAUGAUUAUGGCAUCAAAUACUCCUUCGCCUUUGAGUUGCGAGACACAGGUCGUUAUGGCUUCCUUCUGCCAGCCAGUCAAAUCAUUCCUACUGCAGAAGAGACCUGGCAAGGUCUGCUGAAGAUCAUGGAGCAUGUGAGAGACAAUCAGUAAUAGAAUCAGGGAGGCAAAUCAACAGUAUAAAAAGAACAAAGUCAAUAGUCAUUUAGAAAACAGUUCCUAAAUCUGAUUCCUUUGUCAAGCCAUAGACAGUGGUACUAAUGCAGCAAUGUAUUCGGCUGAUGAAAAACUCUGUGUAUGAUCAAACUACAGUGAGAUGCACCUGUCUGUAAAGAUUCCUUACUGCA